AUGGUGGAUAUGUUCCGUCAGAAUGCCGUUUUGCCGAACCAAGUUCAUGGCUGGUCACUCGACCGGCACGCUCGGUCGUUCCAUGCCCAGGGUGCUUUCUAUUGGUGCCUCUAUCAAUUGAGACGGCUCCCGGGGGUGUUGAGCAUUCAAAUGGAUACCGUUCUGGACCAACUCUUGAAAAGACAAAAGUCGGUAGUUAGCUACGACGAAGUUUGA